AUGGUUCUCCUGUCACUUUGGUUGAUAGCAGCCGCUCUGGUAGAGGUUAAGACUUCAGCUGAUGGACAAGCUGGUAAUGAAGAAAUGGUGCAAAUAGAUUUACCAAUAAAGAGGCAGAGAGAGUAUGAGCUGGUGACUCCCGUCAGCACAAAUUCUGAAGGACACUAUCUCUCCCACAUUCUUUCUGCGAAUCACAAAAAGAGGGCAACGAGGGACGUGUCUUCCAGCUCUGAGCGGUUGUUCUUUAACAUCACGGCUUUUGGAAGAGAUUUUCAUCUGCGACUGAAGCCCAACACUCAGCUGGUAGCUCCUGGUGCUGUGGUGGAGUGGCAUGAGGCAUCUCCGGUGCCUGGGAAUAUAACCGACCCCAUUCAUGAUCAUCAACCAGGAAGAACUUCGGAGAGAAUCUGGAAAACAGAGCGUUUGCAGACCGACUGUGCUUAUGUUGGUGACGUCAUGGACAUUCCAGGAACCUCUGUUGCCAUUAGCAACUGUGAUGGUCUGGCUGGAAUGAUAAAAAGUGAUAAUGAUGAGUAUUUCAUUGAACCCUUGGAAAGAGGUAAGCAGAUGGAGGAAGAAAAAGGAAGGAUUCAUGUUGUCUACAAGAGAUCAGCAGUAGAACGGGCUCCCAUAGACAUGUCCCAAGACUUCCACUACAGAGAGUCGGAUCUGGAAGGCCUUGAUGAUCUAGGUACUGUUUACAGCAGUAUUGACCAGCAGCUGAAUGAAACCAUGAGGCGCCGCAGACACGCAGGAGAAAAUGAUUACAACAUCGAGGUUCUGCUGGGAGUGGAUGACUCUGUGGUCCGUUUCCAUGGCAAAGAGCACGUCCAAAACUACCUCCUCACCCUGAUGAACAUUGUGAAUGAAAUUUACCAUGAUGAGUCCCUGGGAGUGCAUAUAAAUGUAGUCCUGGUGCGCAUGAUAAUGCUGGGUUAUGCAAAGUCCAUCAGCCUCAUAGAAAGGGGAAAUCCAUCCAGGAGCCUGGAGAAUGUGUGUCGCUGGGCUUGCCAACAACAAAAAUCUGAUCCUAAUCACUCUGAACACCAUGAUCAUGCAAUUUUCUUAACCAGGCAAGACUUCGGACCUGCUGGAAUGCAAGGAUAUGCUCCAGUCACAGGCAUGUGUCACCCAGUGAGAAGCUGUACCCUGAAUCACGAGGAUGGUUUUUCAUCUGCCUUUGUAGUAGCACAUGAAACUGGCCAUGUGUUGGGGAUGGAACACGAUGGACAGGGCAACAGGUGCGGUGAUGAGACGGCUAUGGGAAGUGUCAUGGCUCCCUUGGUGCAAGCCGCGUUUCAUCGUUACCACUGGUCCCGGUGUAGUGGCCAAGAACUGAAAAGAUACAUACAUUCCUAUGACUGUCUCCUUGAUGACCCAUUUGAACAUGACUGGCCCAAACUCCCAGAACUUCCUGGAAUCAAUUAUUCUAUGGAUGAGCAGUGUCGUUUUGACUUUGGAGUUGGUUAUAAAAUGUGCACUGCGUUCCGAACAUUUGACCCAUGUAAACAGCUUUGGUGUAGCCAUCCUGAUAAUCCCUACUUUUGUAAGACUAAAAAAGGGCCCCCACUUGAUGGAACCGAAUGUGCUGCUGGGAAAUGGUGCUAUAAAGGCCAUUGCAUGUGGAAGAAUGCUAAUCAGCAAAAACAAGAUGGUAACUGGGGAUCCUGGACCAAAUUUGGCUCCUGUUCCCGGACAUGUGGAACUGGUGUGCGCUUCAGAACACGCCAGUGCAAUAAUCCAACGCCCAUCAAUGGUGGUCAGGAUUGUCCUGGCGUUAAUUUUGAGUACCAGCUUUGUAAUACAGAAGAAUGCCAAAAACACUUUGAGGACUUCAGAGCCCAGCAGUGCCAGCAGCGUAACUCCCACUUUGAAUACCAGAAUACCAAACACCACUGGUUGCCAUAUGAACAUCCCGACUCCAAGAAAAGAUGCCACCUGUACUGUCAAUCCAAAGAGACUGGAGAUGUUGCUUAUAUGAAACAGCUGGUGCACGACGGAACACGCUGCUCCUACAAAGACCCGUACAGCAUAUGUGUGCGUGGAGAGUGUGUGAAAGUGGGCUGUGAUAAAGAAAUCGGUUCUAACAAGGUUGAGGAUAAGUGUGGUGUCUGUGGAGGAGAUAAUUCCCAUUGUCGAACUGUAAAGGGGACAUUUACCAGAACACCCAGGAAGCUUGGGUACCUUAAGAUGUUUGAUAUACCCCCUGGUGCUAGACAUGUGUUAAUCCAAGAAGACGAGGCUUCUCCUCAUGUUCUUGCAAUUAAGAAUCAGGCUACAGGCCACUAUAUUUUAAAUGGCAAAGGGGAGGAAGCCAAGUCAAAGACCUUCAUAGAUCUUGGUGUGGAAUGGGAUUAUAACAUUGAAGAUGACAUUGAAACUCUUCACACCGAUGGACCUUUACAUGAUCCUGUUAUUGUUUUGAUUAUCCCUCUGGAGAAUGAUACCCGCUCUAGCCUGACAUAUAAGUACAUCAUCCAUGAGGACUCUGCACCUACAAUCAACAGCAACAAUGUCAUCCAGGAAGAAUUAGAUACUUUUGAGUGGGCAUUGAAGAGCUGGUCUCAGUGUUCCAAACCCUGUGGAGGAGGUUUCCAGUACACUAAAUACGGAUGCCGUAGGAAAAGUGAUAACAAAAUGGUUCAUCGCAGCUUCUGUGAGGUCAACAAAAAGCCAAAACCUAUUAGAAGAAUGUGCAAUAUUCAGGAGUGCACACAUCCACUCUGGGCGGCGGAAGAGUGGGAGCAUUGCACCAAAACCUGCGGCGCCUCUGGCUACCAGCUGCGCACGGUGCGCUGCCUGCAGCCGCUCCACGACGGCACCAACCGCUCCGUGAACAGCAAGCACUGCGCCGGCGAGCGGCCCGAGAGCCGCCGGCCCUGCAACAGAGUGCCCUGCCCGGCCCAGUGGAAAACGGGGCCCUGGAGCGAGUGUUCAGUGACCUGCGGUGAGGGAAGAGAGGUGAGGCAGGUCCUCUGCAGGGCCGGUGACCACUGCGACGGGGAGAAGCCUGAGUCUGUCCGAGCUUGUCAGCUGCCUCCCUGUAAUGAUGAGCCAUGUUUGGGAGAUAAGUCCAUAUUUUGUCAAAUGGAGGUGCUGGCACGAUACUGCUCCAUACCAGGUUAUAACAAGUUAUGUUGUGAAUCCUGUAGCAAGCGCAGUAGCACCCUGCCACCGCCGUACCUUUCAGAAGCUGCUGAAAUUCACGAUGAUGCUAUCUUUAACCCCAGUGACCUCCCUGGAUCUCUAGUGAUGCCUACAUCUUUGGUUCCGUACUAUUCGGAGACUUCUGCUGAAAAGAAGAAAUCUUUGAGUAGAAUCUCUUCCAUAGCAGGUCCAAAUGAGCAUGCUGCUUUCAGGCCAAACAGUAAAUCCAAUGGUGCUAACUUAUCCCAGAGGCAAGCACAGCCAGCAGAAGAUAAAACUCUGGGACCGGCCUCCCCACCCACCAAGAGUGGCCACCUCAGUUCAUCUCCACAACUGGCUGCUGCCCCCUUCCUUGCAGCCAGUGAUUCCAUAGGUGCUUCUUCUCAGGCAAGAACCUCAAAGAAAGAUGAAAAGCUUAUUGACAAGAGACGUCCGCUAAGAUCAUCCACGUUGGAAAGAUGA